UGGAUAGCAACAGGUUCUACCGCGUUUUGUUUUUCAGACGCCGGCUUGCAGAAAAAAUAUUAGCAAAAUGGAUGGUGUGACCGAGGACAUGUGGACGCCGUACAAGCACCUCUACAGCGUGUUCCGGCAGACCAUGUCGACUCAGAGCGGCGUCACCUCGGACUUGGAGCUGUGCCUCAAGAAGCAUAAGCAGAACUUUACAAACUUUCUGCGAAAUCCGCCCAAGAGCGAGAAGAGCCGGAAUCAUCUGCGAAAUGUGCAAAACGAUGGCGUCUCAAUGCCAGGACAGACUCGCAAGAUGCACCUCUCGCAGGACCUCAUCGACGAGGCGUUCAUUUUGUCGGACAUGUUCGAUUUGGACGAGGUCUUCGCAAUGGAACUGCUAUACACCGCCCAGCGGCAGCAGAUGCAUCAUCCGGGUCUGCCGCGCGGUCUGGUGGCAGUGUUGCUCUACUAUGACGGCCGUAAGGCCAUUAGCUGUGCUCUGCGCGACAUGUUCCAGGCGGUGAGCGGCGUCUCCUGGAGCACGGAGCUGCCCCGGGAGGUGACUUGCCUGAUCACCAACUAUGCCCAGAAUCUUGUAGAGGAUUCCAACAUAUUGGGACGCCUGCUGGAACUCCUCGAGGAAAUGGAUCUGGACAAGGAGUGCAUCCUGCUAACCAAGAACCGCGCCUUUGGCUCCAAAAAACACCAAAACCAAGUACUGGGUCUCUACGAGGACAUUCAGCGUGCUUUGGCAAUGGCUUUGUUCCACUGGUCCGCCCAGCGCGGGCUUCCCCGUUCCAUUGCUAUCCGGCUGCUGCAACUGCUAGCCAACCGCAAGACCACCGAUGCCGACGGCAACAUUGAUGACAUCACCACGAUCAUGCUAAUGGCGCUGUUGUACGCUUACGACACUUCGGUGCUGUUGGUCACCGAUCACAAUAAUCCACUCACUGGCCGCCUGCCCAUUCUGAGUGAUCCGGAGUUUGCCAAGAGCUUCCUGGAUGCGUUAUAUGCGCAGAACAGUUGGCAGAUUCCCCGCCUGGACGCCGUCAUCAAGUACAGCUUUGGUUUGACUCUGGCUAGCCUGCGGCAUGCUCCUAGCCAGUUGCAGGCGGCUGCUCUGUCGGUGAUCAACCGGGACGAGCAGCUCAUCGAUGAGGCCCUAGGCGCCAGCGUGUUUGCCUUCUUUUAUCGUCUGUUGCUGGAGAAGGAUCUGGUGUACACCACCGAAUUCAUCUACCGACGCGUUCACCUGCAUAUCACCGACUUCAUUGACUUUAUGCAUGCUAAGGUUUCGGAGCUGCGGGGUCGGGCAGAUGAGUCGGCCCGCACGGUAAUCAGCUUUUUGAACGAGGGUCUCGAACCGCCGCCCAAUCUAGACGCCAACUACGAGGUCCUCAUGCUGUGCGUGGCCAAGCUCUAUGGCGAUCCCCGAGUGACAAUUAAGCUCUGCAAUGAGUAUUGGGGUCCCAGCGAUCCCACAGCAGCCUUGAAGAACACCUCGCGGUCCGUGUCCCUGUUUAAGUUUAUCAGUUUAGCCAGCGAGCUGCUUCCGCAGACUCUUUUCAAGUCCUACCUUAAGAUGAUCACCGGGUUGACCCGCACCGAGUUCUCCGCCCGCUGCGCUUUCAAUAUGCUAAAGCAUCCACAAGUGUCCACCGCUACAUAUGCUGUGAGCUGGGAUCACUUUUUUACGACUUUGGGAAACUAUUACAACCUAAUGCGAAAUGACUUUAACACCAACAUAAGCACAUCCGGCGACACCAUUUAUCGCAGCCGGUCCGUACCACGCUCCAUAACGCAACGCGAAACGGAACACUUAGUGGCCGUGAUGGGCAUCAUACAGGCUGUGGCCGAAUAUGACGAGAUCUCGCGCAUCAUAAUCUGUGACCAGGCUAACUGGCAGGUGCUGCAGGUACUGCUGGGUUUGGUGGCCUGCUCCACGCCGCUGAUUCUCAAGGCAGAAAUCCUUACCGCGUUGGCCGCCAUGGCCAGGUCAAGGAAGACGGCGCGCGCAAUUUGGUGUCAUUUGGAGGACUCACAAAUUAUUGCCACCAUACCCACGGCGAGCAGCUACGGCCAAAGCAGCUUGGCCGAGGAGAUUGAGCAGAAUGAGAGCCGCUUGGAGUCGUACAAGCUAACGAGGGGUAUCCUGAAGUUGCUCUAUACCCUUAUGACUGGUCACAUGCCCAAGAAUCUGGGGGUUGGCACACGGAAGCCGGGCUACGAUGCCUAUCUUAACUUUGUGCUGGAGUCUGUGCUGCUGAAGUUCUACAAUCGGGCGUAUAAGGAUCCCGCCGAGAAAUGGCAAGUGGGCGCCCAGUGCCUGAAACUACUCUACUUCCUGCUGGCUACCUACCGGCCACGACCCUCCGACUUUCAGGAGAUGCGCGAGGAGCAUCCGUAUCCCGGAUAUCACAUUAUGCUGCAGCUGCAGGUGAAGUCAGAUGUUCUGCGGCUGCUCCUGAUGAUCGUAGAGGAAGCACGCGAGCGCCUGGACGAAUACAACCGUUUCAGGGGCAAGGAACUGCUCGAAGAGUGUUCCCUCUACGCCCUCCUACUGCUUGAAGCGGCGCUGGCCAAGCAGAAUGAGUUCUUUGAGGCCCAUUCGGCCGCCAACUGUCCCAUCCAGCUUUCGGGACUUAAUCGAAUGCUUCUGGACCUCAAUCCGCGCAGCCGCAAGCCCGACCACGUCCUGAACAUUGUCAAGUUCGUGACGUACAACAGCUGGCUGCCGCGCCACACGCUGGCCGCCGUCAAGAUCCUUAAGGCGGUGACACAGCUGCCCAACGUCUCCGCCCAAAUCCUCAGUAUGUAUGCCCAAAAUAGCACCGAGAAGCUAGAGAUCCGGCAGGGCUUCAUCGAGUGCCUGGAGAUGGAUGUGCGAGCGAGCCACCCCAGUGAUGACCUGCUCGAUCAGCUAGCCCUCAACGAUCACGUGCCCUUCAUGGGUUUUGGCAUCCAGGAAGGCGGCGACAAAGACCGCACUGAGACUGAGACUCAAAUCGAACUAUAUGGGGGAGAGGAGUUUCAUUUGGAGCGUAAGCCGGCGCGCAUCGAGCUGCAGCUGAAGGAGUCUAUUGUGCAACUCUUCGAGGUGAAUCUCAGCCAGCAAUUGCCCAACUUUGUCUACUUCUUGCUUGGCGUGGACGUCUUGCGCGACUUUAUGGCCAACGAGAAGCAGCAUUUGGGCAUUGAGAUGUACGGCUCCUGCGUCAACUCGCUCGUACUGCUGUUAGAGAAGUACCUGGAGCAACAGCGACACAGUGAGGAUUACUGCGAGCACACGGCAAGCAUCGUGGAGCGCAUCUAUCGUCUGUUCCAUGGCCUUUGCGCCAAUCGACGUACCUCAGAGACGAUCCUGCGAUACUUCCGGCUUACCUGCAACGAUUUCCUGUUGCGCCACCUCAACUCACUGCCGUUCCGCCAGCAUCGCGAGGAUCAUGUCUUGCAUGCCAUGGCCCACCUGCUGACCUGCGUGGCCAUCGAGGUAAAGCUAGCAGCGACGCAUGGCCAGACGACGCGCUACAAGCUGCUCUGUGACAUCUUGCUUAAUGGCGCCACUGGUUCGGAUGUUCAGCGCUCGGGCCAUGCCAUGCCCAUGGAUUUGCCGGCAUCUAAUUUCUUUGCCAUGGACCUUCUACCAGGCGGUGGCGGCUCGAUAGGGAUGAUGGGACCAGGAGCGGGACCACCAUCACUAUCGGUUACAGGAGCCAGCAGCCUGAAGCCACCGCCGCUGCUGCAGGAAACUGCGGUGGGAUUACAUGCAAACCGGCUGCUCGACUGCCUCUGCCUGGAGAUGGAUUCGAGUGAACUGCCACGCCUGGAGUUUUUUGACUCGCAGCUGACGACGACUCUGCUUCGGGACUGCGUGGGCGCCGGUAAAGGCGCUGGUAAGACUGGGACCAACUUGCCCGCUAACCUCAUCAACAUCCGUCAGCUUCAUGACAUCCUUUACGACGAACUGCGACUGGUUCAGAGCACGAUAGCCAGUGGACAGCGCAAGGCUAUUACCGCUGAGAUUGCGGUGCUGCUGCAGCAUGCCAUCAGGCUGAAUCAAAUGCGGACGCAGCGCAGCGCCACGCUGGCGUUCAUGGAGGCCUGGGGCCAGUUGGUGCAGGUGUUCUUUAGCAGCAUGCCUGACGCCGUCCUGCCGUUAGCCUUGCGACGUCAGCAUAUCGUGGACAUUGUGGAGAAGGUCAUGAUAAAGGUGCAACCCAUCCAGCCGAUCAUCGAGAUCUCGAUUCAGGUCAGCGAGACGGUGCUGCUGCUCUUAGCCAAUUUACGCUAUUGCUGCUAUCUGAUUGAGGAUCAGCGCGCAGACGAUCAGUCUGAAUUAACUUCCAACCCCAACGACACCCAGGCCCAGGCUAAAAAGAGCCUUGGCCUCGGCUCUCUGGGGGCUAGAGGUGAGAACGGUUCCUCAGGAUCCAAUAGCAACAACCUGCGGUUCAUCCUCAAACGCCUGGUCGAGUGGAUCAUGAUCAGCGAGGUCAAGUCGCAGAAGCUCCGUAUCAACCUGUACGGCGCCCUGCUCAACUGUUUGCGAAUUGUGAAGCGACAGCGCAGCGACGAAGAGCAGGAGUACCAAGAAACAGUCGCCAAUCGCUUGGACAGCUCACGGAUGAGUGGCAUUGAUAUGCGCCGCGACGACCGCCAGCAAUUGAAGGAGAUGGCGGCCGCUGUAAUCGGUCAGUUUGGCGAGAAGCUUAUUGAGACCAUCUGCCACGACGCUGUGACCGGACACGAUGUCUGCAGGAUGCUGGCUCUGUCCUGCCUGGACAUGAUAUCCGAGCUGCAUGCAGUGAGCACGCUAAGCGAAUUUGUGACGAUGCGCGGCUACCUCAAGCAUAUGCUGGACAGCUUGGCCAAGUCUGAUGAGGCGCUAUGCGGUAUCCUGCUGCCGGUGCCGGACCACAUGCGUCCGCUCUACGUGUACGAGGCCCACAUGACUUUCUUUACGCGCAUGGCCAACACAGACAUGGGCGCCCGCCAGCUUCUCGGCGAGCGGGCCUUGGGAGUUUUGUCCAACAUGCGAGUAUACGACCUACAGCCGGACCUCAAGGCCAGUGAACUAAAGCGGGACGAGCCGCAGGCCUUCAUACCGCCCUUGGACGAGCGUUUCCGUGCCAUUCUGCUGCCAGCCCUGUCCCUAUGCGAUGCCAUUGGGAACUCGCUGGGCCCACAAAACAAUUCGGCGGCCCUGCAGGUGCUUAACUUUCUGUUUGCUCACAUUGACAUGGUGGAGGCCAUGCUGCGCACGGCCACGCCCUUCAUGGAUCUGGGUCACCUGCGACAGCUGGCCGCCAUUACGAGUCUGUUUGCCCGCACAACCACGCACCAGGUGACUGCUCUGGAGGAUAGCCUGAAUGUGGAGAACGACGUGGAGUUGCGCAAUCGUCUGGGACGUCUACAGCAGUUGAUGAUCGUUGUGUUUGGUCGCUUUUCCGUUAACGAAGCGACCAUCCGGCGCGUGCUGCAGCAGGAGCAGGUGCACGCCGAACUGGCCGAGGCCGGGAAAACUAAGCACGUCAAGUUCUUUUUGGACAUUGCCGCCAACCUCUCGCUGUACUGUCGCAAUGCGGUCACCAGCCAUGUCAAAGACAGCAUGACCUCCAAAUACCUGCUGACCACCAUAAUCAACGACGUCACACCACUGACUGGCGAAAAGGAUGGCAAGAAACUGACCUCCAUAAUGCAUGCCAUUCUCAACCAGCUGAAGGGCUCCAUCGGUUACUAUCUCUCGCAGAAGUCCAUAGCCGACAAUCUGCUGCAGCAGCGCGCCUCCCUGCCCAAUAUAAGUUUCGGUCCCAACGGCAAGCAAAGCUUCUUAGAGCUGAGCCAGCGUCACAACGAGAAACGCAGCGAACUGAUGCAGGCCGUUUUCAUUGCUGAACAAAACCUAUAUUUGCUGUGGAUCCACCUGGACUUUUACCUGCGCAACGCCGUCGUCCAUGCGACCGAGAACCGGAACGCCAUCAACGAAAGCAACCUGAUGGACGGCGCCGGACAUAAUGUGUCUGUUCUGAACGCUUCGCAGGACGAGAUCGUGCAGCUGAAGCAGCUGCUUAUCUCCACCUUCAACGAGACUUUCUGCACACAGCUUAUCACGGCCAGCGAGGAUUACACCGUCAAAUGCAAGGGUUUCAAUGCCUCGCUACUGCGACGUAUCAAGGCGCUUGUCCAGUUCGCCCCGGUCUCUGCCAACGCAAACGGCAAUGGGAACGAUUCCACUGGGUUUCCAGUCUAGGUUAAAUUGGCUUCUUGUUUGCGGUCUUUCUAUGCGGCUUUCCAAGGAUAAAAGCUACGCUAAUUUCGUUGAGCGUCGCGUGUAUUUUUUGUAUUUAAUUAAUUCAAUAAAACCGUUGAUUUUUCUGUGCGAAAA